AUCGAGGCUACUGUCGAAGGCUUCGUUCGAUUUACAACUUUUGCAUUUAAAAUCCAAUAAAAGUUAUUUAUUAAGAAACUUAUAUUAUUAUAUUAACACAUAUAAGUUUCAUAGAUAUACAUGUUCUACAGUGUAAGAUAAUAAGAAUUUUUUUACACUUAUCGCUAUAUCACACACAGAUUAUAAAAUGCAGCGUUGUAACACCUCGUCUAUAUUGCGACUGUAAUUAUUAUCGAUUAGAAGUAUUAUCGAUACACUGUGCGACGAUUCAACUGUAGAUUUAUGAAGAAGCAAGUACAUAAGUGUGUUUACAUUUUUUUACGAACGAUCAGUCUAGUGUCGUUUGACGUAGGAACGAAAACCGUGGUCAUUUCGGCUCGGUUCGAGCAUUUAGUAUUCGUGGUUCAUUGUAUCAAGACGUUAACAUUUCGACGAGAAUAUGUUGUGCUGUAUCGGACUAGCGUUAGCCACAAGGAUCAUCAGUACCUAUACUAUGUCGCUGUCGAUACUUACGAUAAACUUGUUAAUGAGCAACUAUUUCUCAAGGGAAACGGACGAAGAAUUUUUCAAUUCUAUUAGAAAUUGGGGCGUAGUUGGCUUAAAUUGGUUGCAAAUUUUAAAAAACUUUCAAGUGAGAAAUAAAGAGGAAACCUAAGUGCGCCGUGCCUUGGAUGUAUUUGCAAAUAAUUAGCAUAAUAGAUCAGUCUGUGGCGCUGUCUAUUCAUCUGACGCACGAACCACAAUACGAUGUUUACGAUAAAUCAAUAUGGUACAUUCCACUGUCCAGUAUCUAUCUAUUGUUUUCUGUAUACACAUGGAUGGUCAUAUAUACUGCUCGGAAAGAAUGGAUCGAGAAGCAGCAGAAUCGCACGGAGUUACCAACAACGAUAGCCACAUCGACGACGCGAUCGAACAAUAAUGACGAGCCAAAAUCGCCAUCGUUUCUGUCGCAGAAUUUCUCGAUGUUCGAUUCGCCAAGACAUCUUCAAUUUUAUUCAAAUAGCUAAUGCAUGCAAUUUCGAGACCCUCUGGAUUUUGUCUGCACAUUACUACCUACAUGUAAUAUCUAUCAUCGGUUGUUUUUUGCGACAAGAAGAUAGAUAUCCAGGUAUCAGAAAACAUAUAGUUAUUAAUUAUUAAUAUAAAUUACUUAUUCGUUACAAGUCACGUGCGUCGAAUAUACGUAUAUUUAUUUAUAAUUUUGACCCCUAAUUUUAAAGUUUGGAGUUGCCAUUUUUUGUGAUACACAUCAUUUUACGGAGAGAUACAUAUAAAUAUAAUUUGUUUGUUGUUUUUUAUUAAAAGGAUCUCUAUUUCUGGAAAAGAUUCGAAUCUUAAGUCCGCAUAAUAACCAUUGAUCACUUGCAACUAAUGGAAUGUGCAGAGAGCAGGCAAACUACCAGAAUACGAUGAAUCUCGGUCCCGUAAUGGGGAAAAUGUAUAAUAAUGCGGGUAACUCGAUAAAUCAGUCCGGGGAUGCGACUAAUAGAGUGUAUCAAAUGCGCCCACGGCGGAGCGCGGUUGCAUAGAAAAUAUGAGAAAUGGCCACGUUUUACGUCGAAAUACUUUUAAACUUUCGGGAUUUGAAUCGCGCGCAAGCAUAUUCCCUAUAUGGGGACCGGCGUCUCCUAGAUGGAGGUCGAUUUGUCCGAAAAUGGUCGGAACUUUUCGCGAAACUCUCGAGAAUAAUGAUCGAGAGCACAAUGGCCGAUAGAAAAAGCUUCCCUUCUCGCGAUUUAUUUCGGACGUUUCACCACGUUUCUAGACGAUCAUUUGCGUUCCCCGAAAAGUAACGCACCAGCGGGCGUAACUUCUGCAAUAUCCGAGCUACCAUCCUACCAUCGUGCGAAUUUCUCUCAAUUUCGUAUUUCUUAUAUGCAUGCGAAGAGAGAGAUGAAUCAAGCUCAAAGACGUCGUCAAUCCAAAUGAUUAUCGAUAACGAAAUAUAUCCUCAACGUAUAAAUUGACGCUAGAGGAAACUUUUGUAAGCUCUCCGUUGAACGAUACGGUUGCGAACAUGAAGGACAGACACAUUGGGGUACGCGACGUGGUU